AUGUCAACAAAACACGAAUCGACAAUUGAUGGAUUGGAUGAAAAUGAAGGGAAUCCCAUCUAUCAACCCGGAAUUUUCGAGAAAACCAUCAGCAUUUUGUUGUGCAGAAGCGAUUUGGCCAAACAGAGAUUGGAUAUCCGACCAGUGACAUUGAAUGAAUUGUUUCGAUACACGAACCGAAAAGAUCAUUUCUUGUUGUUGAUCGGAUUGAUUUGUGCUAUUGUUAAUGGCGCCUCGCAACCAAUCCUUGCUUUAUUCACCGGUCGAAUCACAAAUGUCUUCCUCAUUUCCCCAUCGAAUUCCACCGAAUUUCUCGGUGAUGCCUACGAGAAUGUCUAUGUGAUGAUCGGCUUGGGAAUUCUCGGGAUAUUCUCCAAUUUUGGACAAUAUAUGAGUUUUGCAUUGGUUUGCACGAGGGUUAUCUCGACGAUACGAAUUGAAUAUAUCAAUUCGGUGUUAAGACAAAAUGCGGCCUGGCUUGAUGCCAAUCAUUCGGGAACGUUGAGCACAAAAUUGUCUGACGAUCUCGAGCGAAUUCGUGAGGGAAUCGGUGACAAAUUGGGACUUUUAUUGAGAGGAGCCGCCAUGUUUUUGACGGGAUUGAUCAUCGCUUUUGUGUACGAAUGGAGAUUGGCGCUUGUUGUGACUGGAGUGGCGCCAGCUAUGUGCAUUUGCACAGCAUUCAUGGCUAGAAAGAUAAAUGGAGCGACAAUGAAAGAAUUGGCGGGUGUGGGACAAGCGGGAGCAAUAGCUGAAGAAACGAUAAUGGGAGUGAGAACGGUGCAAGCAUGCAAUGGACAACGAGAUAUGAUUGAGAAAUAUGAGAAAUGUCUUCUUCGUGGCGAAUCUCAUGCAAUUCGGAAGGGGAUUUUUGGCGGCUUUUUCUCGGGUCUUUUCUUUUUUAUUCUUUUCUCGUUUAUGGCUGCUGGAUUUGUCUAUGGUGGAUAUCUUUUAAAGAUCGGAAUCAUUCCGAAUCCUGGUGUUGUCUUCAUUGUCACAAUGUCCAUGUUGAUGGGUGCUUAUUUUCUCGGAGUGAUUUCUCCUCAUUUGAUGGUUCUGCUCAAUGCCCGAGUUGCCGCCGCGAAAAUCUACAAUAUAAUUGAUCGGAUUCCACCAAUCGAUCCGGCUUCGAGAGAUGGACGAAGAUUCGAGAAAAUGACUGGGAGAGUCGUUUUUGAAGGAGUUUCGUUCAGAUAUCCAAAUCGGCGUGAGAAAAUGAUUCUCAACGAUUUCUCGAUAACUGUCGAACCGGGAGAAACGGUGGCUCUUGUAGGGAAAAGUGGAUGCGGAAAGACGUCGAUUUUCUCGUUGUUGACUCGUUUAUAUGAUGUGGAAAAUGGAAGAAUUAUCAUUGAUCAUUCAGAUAUAAGAGAUAUCAAUAUACAACAAUUGAGACAAUCAAUUGGAGUUGUGCAACAGGAACCGAUUCUUUUCAAUGGAACCGUCGAAGAAAAUGUGCGGAUGGGUGAUGUGGAAUUGAGUGAUCAACAAGUGAAACAAGUGUGCAAACAAGCGAAUGCUCAUCAUUUUAUCAUGAAAUUGCCACAAGGCUACAAAACGAUUUUGGGUGCUGGUGGAAUACAGCUUUCGGGCGGCCAAAAACAACGACUUUCCAUUGCGAGAACGCUUGCGAAAAGUCCAAAAAUUCUUCUUCUUGACGAGGCAACCUCGGCUCUCGACGCGAAAAGUGAGAGCAAAGUACAAUGGUCAAUAAAUCGAUUGAAAGGAAUCACAACGAUGAUCAUUGCACAUCGAUUAUCGACUGUGAAAAGAGCCGGGAAAAUAUUGGUCAUCGAUGAGGGGAAAGUGGUGGAACAGGGAAAUCACGAUGAAUUGAUGGAAAUUCGGGGAAUCUAUCAUAAUCUCGUGAAAGCACAACAAUUAAGAGAAGAAAAUCAUUGUUUCGAGCAAGAUGAAGAAAAUCGAGAAGAAGAAGAAGAAGAAAAAAACGAUCGAUUCUCGCUGGCUGAAGCUGAUUUGCAUAGGGAAAACGGGAAACGUGCAACGUUGAAGAGCCAAUCAACCGUUGAGAGCACAACAUCCGGACGAGAAGCUUUUAUACGGGGCUCAAGUCUGACGGAAUCUUUUGGAUUAAGUCCACGAGAGAGUCUCCGAUUGAGAUUAGAGGAGAUUGAUCUUGAUGAAAAUGAUAGACAAUUGUUAAACGAAGAACGAAAAGCGAAAGACGGAUUUUGGGCGAUAUUUCGAAGAAUCAAAAACCUUCGCGCACAAAUGUUUUUCGGAUUGAUUUGUGCAUUGAUUCGAGGAGGAGAAUUACCGGCAAUGACACUAGCCUUUGCCUAUGUUUUUGAGGGUUUUCAAAUGGUUCCCUAUUCAAACGGUGAAAUGAUGCAUCGGCUUUUCCUCGGCGUCGCCAUUUUUGUCUCCAUCGGACUUGGAUGUUUUCUCUUUCAAACUUUAGCUAGUGUUUUCUUUUCAUCAGUCUCCGAAAAGGCGUCUCGUCAAUUUCGUGUCUCCGCUUUUGAGACCAUUCUUGCACAGGAUGGUCUCUAUUUUGAUUGCGCUCAACAUGCUCCAGGCCGUCUCAUUUCAAGAUUGGCCGCUGAUUCGCCCAAUAUUAAAGCGGUUCUCGAUGGUCGAAUGAUGCAAGUGAUCGUGGGAAUUUGCGGGAUUUUCGGGUGUUUUGCCGUUGGAUUUGUCUAUUCAUGGGAAGUGACAGUCAUUGGAGCUGGAAUGAUCAUAUUGCUUUGGUUGUUCAUGAUUUUUAUGGGAAUUUUUGUGAUGCGACUGAAUGUGAAAUUGGUGAAAAACGAUGAAUCGGCCAAGUUAUCAAUUGAAAUGAUCGAAAAUGUGAAAACGAUUCAAUUACUCACCAAAGAAGAUUAUUUUGUGCAAAAAUAUGUAAAUGCAGUCAAUGAGCAACAUAGAAAUGAGAUAAUGAAAUGUUGGUUGGAGGGGAUUUCAUUCACCGUUUCCCAAAGUAACACCUAUUUUUUGACGGCUGUUUGUUAUGCGGUCGGUAUUCGAGUGAUCGUCAUCGGAUGGAGAUCGGCUUCCGAUGUUUUUAGUGCAAUCAUGGCGAUGUCUUCGGGUGUCCUCGGUGCCAUGAACUCUUAUCCAUAUUUUCCCGAAUUUGUGAAAGCAAGAACAGCGGCACAAAUGCUAUUUUCGAUCAUCGAUCAAAAACCGAGCACUGGGAGUGCAAAAACGGGAGAGAUAUUCGAAACCGAGGGAUCAAUCCUCUUUGAGAAUGUCUAUUUUGGAUAUUCGGGAAAAGGGAGUAUCGUUGAAUCGUUGCAUUUCAACAUACGACCCGGCGAACACGUGGCAUUGGUUGGUCCAUCAGGUUGUGGGAAAUCGACAUGUUUUCUUCUUUUGGAAAGAUUUUAUGAUGUGAAUGGAGGGAAAAUUCGAAUCGAUGGACGUGACAUUCGAACGCUUCAUUUGAUGAAUCUUCGCUCACAAAUCGGACAUGUUGGACAGGAGCCAGUUUUAUUCAGUGGAACGAUUCGCGAAAAUAUUUGCCUUGGAGUGAAGGGGAAGAGCGUGACACAAUUGAUGGACGUGCUUGAAAUGGCCAAUAUAAAGACGUUUUGCGAGCAAUUGCCAUUGGGAAUCGAGACACAGGUCGGUGAAAAGGGAUCCCAGCUGUCGGGCGGUCAAAAACAACGAAUCGCCAUCGCUCGGGCGCUCAUCAGAAAACCGAGAAUUCUUCUAUUUGAUGAAGCGACAUCGGCACUCGAUUCACAAUCAGAAAAAGCAGUUCAAGAAGCUCUUGAUAAAGCAAGCAAGGGUCGUACUUGUCUCACAAUUGCCCAUCGCCUCUCGACAAUUCAGAAUUGCGAUCGAAUUUUUUAUGUGGCCAAUGGAAUGAUUAAAGAAUCGGGAAAACACGAUGAAUUGAUGGCAAAGAAAGGAUAUUAUUAUCGAUUGGCAAAAGAACAAAUCGAUUUG